AGGAAGUAAGGGAAGCUUAUCUGCUAGUAAACGCGAUGUUUCGUCGUAUUAAUUAGUUUAUGUUGCCGUAAUUUCCCGAAUUACCACAAUGGAUUCCAGGGUGUCUGAAAAUAUCGUCUCUCGCCCGUUGAGGCGGUCGACGAGGCAGUCAUCGGGCACCGUUAAAGUAGUGACUGUAGAACCGACCACCAGGGGUCCUCUUAAGAGAAUCAGAAAGGGGUUAAAAAACCAAGCUCCUGUCCCAGCUGUCAAUGGUUCCAGCGAUGUGGAGACUGGCUCAGACGAUGACGAUUCCCCGAGCAAGAAGAGCCGGACAGAGACUGAGAAACCAGUGGAUGAAAGUGGGGAUGAGAAGAAGAUGGAUGUCCAGGAAUCGGUUGAAGAUCUCGAGAAAAAUGAAGACCUCGAAAUGGAUAAUAUACAGGAUGCCUCUUAUGGAACUCAUCAACGAACAACAUACUUUGGCAACCGUGGCAAUAUAAAUGUAUCCCCACGAGUUGAUCUCGGCCACAGAUCCAGUCUUGCUAUAAAUGAAGAAUCGGACUGGAGGAAAACCAAGAGUGUAAAACCAUCAACAAAGGAACCUGUAGCUCCCACCAAGUCUGCCGCACGAAUCAGACCACCAGCAAAAAAACACGAUGUGUCGGUCACCAGCAUGGCCGACUACAAGAGGAAGAUGGAGGCCAAGGCCACUGGUAUACCAACAGUUAACCAUCACGUCCCUCGUGCGUACCCAGCCUCGGAGAAAUCCUACACGACGCGCCAACGUUCGAAUAACAUUCCGAAACAAAGAGAAACCACUCAGUACGAAAAACAAGGGAUUAAGAAAACUGCUGUUAUCAAGAAAAGCUCUGGAUAUUCCUGUCACGGAUUCAUUUGGUGUUUAUGGCGUUUGGUUCUCCUGGUGCUGCUCUGUUGGACCAUCUGGCUGUCGUACAAGUUCAUGCCUAAACUCAUGACUGCAGAUAGUGGAACGCCCCCAUCCAUAAAGCCAGAAACAUUUGCUGAUCAUUUGGCGCUUCUUGAGGCUCGGUUCCCAAAUCAGUGGCCUGCGCUGUGGAGGAAGAGCAAGAUCCACCUGGGGAGGCACCUCCAAACAGCCCAUCCCACCGAGCCGGUCAGUCUGAUCUUAACCGCAGGCCACGGGGCUGAAAGGACACUGCACUGCCUUGCUCAGAGGCUGGCCGCCUCCUUCUCUUCUGUCCUUAACGCCUCCGUCCUUCACAUUGACGGAGCCAGUAAAUCCAGCCAGGACAGCGACGAGGUGAAGCUGGACAUCGACAGUCAGUUGCGAGCAGCCUUUGAAGGAAACCAACCAGUGGCAGUCAUUCAUCGCUUCGAAGAGCUCCCUCCAGGCGCCACCCUCAUUUUCUAUCGCUACUGCGACCACGAGAACGCUGCAUUCAAGCGAGUCUUCUUGUUGUUUACUGUGCUGCUUCCUCUAGAUGACGUCAGGGGUGACCAGAGUCUGAAAGAAUUGGAGGAGAACGUGCACGACUAUGUCAAGGAAAGGCUGGUGGACUCGAGCAACCGAGCCGGCUACAAUGACAUGGACAACGACAAGUUUGGGGGACUGUGGAGCCGCAUCUCCCAUCUCAUCUUACCUGUAGUGUCUGUGAAGGAAGUCGAGCAGAAAGGAUGCUGAUGACCCACGCUAGGCACCAACGAGGAUGUCCGAAUACCACUUUGGACCAGCCUCAUCCUCCUUGGCAGGAGCCAUGCACCAAAGACGCAACAUGUAAAUAUAGCGUGUGGGCUGUUUUUCACAUAUAAUUAUGAGUUAAAAGUAUUCACCGUCGGAGAUGUGGUUAGACUUGCGCUGCAGUCUUAAUGUUGAAGAUUUUGUUUAACUGCUCUCAAGAUGUCAAGCACUGAGUGUUUAUACAUGCAUAUAUAUUAUAUAGUUUGAUGUUUUUCUUCUGCAUUUUUACUCGUCUAAGAAGAGCUUUUUGUGAACGAUCAGCAUGGAUAACACUUGGUCCUUCUUUGGAGCAAACAAGGUAAUUUUCCUGGACUUCAUUGUUUUAGGAGAAAAUGUAUAUUUCCUAUUCUGCAUUGAUUGCUGGUUAGCUUUGUUGUUGUGUUUAAUGUCCCCAUGGAGAUGUGUGUCUCAUUGUUCAUUUAAUUCUCUUGUUUACACAAUUGGAUUUGCACUAACAUUUUUGCUUCAUUUGUCCUGAUCGAGAGUGCUGGCUUUUAUUAAGAACAAUAUUUUAAAUUCUUAGUUUUUUCAGAAUGUGUAUAUUAGUGAUAUGUUAUCUUUCCUAGAUUGAAAUAUUAUUUUUAUGACUGUAUUGAAUAUAAAAGGCUCUGUUUUUUCCUACUGUUGAAAUGUCAACUUCAAAAUAUACAGCUUCUCACUAAGUGAUUUUAAUUUGUUAAUAAUAAUUGAAAAAAAUCAAAUGUUACUAAAUAUUCAAGUAAAAAAAAUGUGCCUUAAACACUCGUAUAGAGAAGAUUGGACUAUAUUUAAAACGCGCAGACAUCUUUUGAUAUCUUCAUAACCCAAACAAGUUUUCUUGCAGUUCGUUCUGAUUUGUGGAAAUUAGAACUUCAAAAUAAAGGAAAGUAUUCUUUCCUGUAAUGCCA